ACACCAUUAGUUAGUUAUUGUUUGCUGUUUGGGUUUGUUUACGUUGCGUUUUAUGAAUAUCGAAUAAAAUAUUUUUGCAAAGAGAUAUUAACACAACGUUUUAUUUUGGAAUCAGAAAUGGUCGGAAAUACAUGUCAGACAUGUUUAAGCAAAAAUCGGCGAAUGAUACCACUAUCAAAAGUCCGUGAUUUAAUACAGAAAAUAGAUUUGAAGGAGAUAAUACAGUCGAAUGGUGGAGUUUGUUGGGAAUGUUAUAAAAUUAUUGAGAAAUUUUCAAAUUUUAAAUUACAAGUUAAACUAGCUCAAGAAUCACUAAAAUUGAAGAUCAAAGUUGAUAAAAACUUCAGCCAACUAUCUGUGCAAUCAAAAACUACAUUUGACUACAAUUUUUAUUUUAAUUUUGACCCAUUGACAUCUGAAGACAAGAAAAAUGAAGUUAAUAUAGUUAAAGAAGAAAAUUCAGAUAGCGAUUAUAACAAAUUUGAUGAUGAGAAUGAAUUGUUAGAAGAGAAGCCUAAAAUUAAUAGCUGUUUAAAUGUAUAUGUUGAUUCACUUGAAUUCAAUUCAAAUAAAGCAAAUCCUAACAAUUUUGAGUCUUGUAAAACAAAUACUUAUGACAAAUCAACUGAAGUAUUGGAUAAUCUCACUCCAAAGUAUGGAAGUGACUUAAAAGAUAGUUUACAGUCAAAAACUGUAAAAAGAAAGAAAGUGAAACAGAAUUACAAAGGAAGGAAGAAGAAAUCUAAUGUUCCUCCUAGAGAGUAUGAAUACAGUCACAGUGAAAUAAGAAAAAAGUUCACAAAAAUUGUAUUUACAGUUCAAGAAAUGUUAAAACACAGAGAAGAUAGACGAACCAGACCAAAUUUCAAGAAGAUACCAUUCAAAUGUGACACUUGUCUUAUGGGGUUUACAACACAAGAAAAAUAUGAUGAACAUUUACAGAAGAAACAUAAAGAAAGUAUAGGACGAUUCAUAUGUGAUGUGUGCAAAGCCAGGUUCCCUCAUAAGAACGCCUUACAGAGACACUGUCCAAAACAUUUCAUAUUCUACAAAUGUAAAUUGUGUAAGUUUGAAAGUGUGGAACUAUGGCAAGCUUACAGUCACUGUAAAAGUAGACAUAGGGAUGAUGACGUCAACAAAAUUCAUUGCCAACAAUGUUCUGUAGUUGUGAAGACCCCAGAAGAAUUAGAUGAUCAUAUGCGAACGCAACAUGUGUUGUACUGCAAUGAAUGCGGUGAGAAGUUCAAAAAGAAAUCUACUUUGAGGACACACAAAAUACGGAUACACGGUGUUAAGAGAGAAUUUGUUUGUAAUAUAUGUAAUAAGAGUUUCAUGACUGCUUCCCGCUUGGAAACACAUGCGGCGAACCACAACGAUACAUUAGCUCAGCAGUUGUCUUACUGUUCCAUCUGUAACAUUCAAUACAAAAGCGUUCAUGUAUACAGAAGUCAUAUGAGACAGAGCGCAGCGCAUUCUCUUGAUCAGUAUUCUUGUCCCGAUUGCAAUAAGAAGUUCUCGUCUAAGGUAUACUUGAAUAAACAUUACAAUUUCUAUCACCUGAAGAAGUCCCAGUUUAAGUGCGAACUAUGCAAUAAGCUGUUCAUAUCCGAUUGGCGGUUGAAGAACCAUAAACAAAAGCAUCACGGUCUAAGCAGGACAAGGAAUCACACGUGCAAUGUUUGCGGGAAGAAAUUUUUCACACUGGCUACGCUCCGUGGACAUCAGCUAACACAUUCCGAACAGCGCACAUUUAUGUGUGAAGACUGCGGUGACACAUUCAAGCAACGACCAGCACUAUACACUCACAUUAAACUUGUACAUAAAGGAGUCAAAAGAAAAAAGUAAAUAGAUAAAUUAUUAUUUGCUGCUGAAAAUAAAGUUAUCACAACGU